AUGGUGUUAUUUACGGACGCGCAAACGAAAGCGUUCCACGCGCAGCUUCGAUUUCUGCUCUUGCGCGAGGUAGGCAUCGCGCCGUCCACGCACUCGCACUCGCACUCGAAGAUCUGGACGAGCUUCCCGAACGCGCUCUUCGCGAACGCGAUUGAUUUGAACAAAGACCGAGACGAGAUGAUGAGCAAAGAGAUGCUGCCGUGGAGAUUGAACGCGAGGUUGCUGCAAGAUCCAACGCUGACCAUGCUUCGAAAUAGUAAUAACAACAACGAGAUAACGACGACAAAAACGAUCAACGAAGAAGACAUGAAGUUUACGGAGAGUGUGCAACGAGAGGACAAGGAUGACGACGACGGCUUCGACGAGGACAAGGACGACGACGAACGUCAGUACUCGAAGUGUAACGAGUUGAAGCGUCUAUUCGAAGGCGAGGUGGACGCGCGAGUGACGCGAGGCGUUGAUCUUCUUCGUGAAAGAGUUGUGAAACAAAAGUAUACGUUUCAUGCCGCCGCUCAAGAUAAUGGUAAGGAAGACGGGAUGAUGAGAGAAAGACAGAUUGUGGACGAAGGCGAGUGGAAAAUCAGACAGAAUAUCAGAACUAAAAGUUUAGGAUUGUUGGAGGAACAGAGAAAGUUAAGACGAGAAAUGAUUGCCGAGCAGAGAAAGAUUAUGGCUUUGCCGGAGAGGUCGUACAAGAAGAUGGUGAAGAUGGACGAGAAGCAAAGAGAGUUGGAGAUCAAGUUACGGUCGAAGAAAGAGAAGAAAGAGUCAUCGGAGCGGUGGCGUUUGAUACUUUCGACGAGAAAAAGAUUGAACGAAGAAUCAAAUCAACGAGCAGACGUGUUGCAAACGAGAAAUCGCCAAAUGGUGAAGAUGCACGAUAGGAUGGCGAGAGCGUACUUGGUAAAGUCAAGAGACGACGCGGCAGAAAGAGCAAAGAGAAUGGAAGCGUUAAAAUCGAACGACAUAGAAGCAUACAAAAAACUUUUAGCGGAAGCAGCGAAAACGAAAGAGAGCAUCGAGGGAUACCCCGCCGGCGCAGACGGCGAAGGCGAAGGUAAUAAAUACGAAGCGCUACAAGAGUUCCUUUCGGAAACGGAAGGAUAUUUAGAAAAACUCGGAGGAAAGAUUGCGUCGGUAAAGAUAUCGCAGGCGCGUUCGGAAGCGGCGACAGAAGCGGCUGCAAAAGCCGCAGCGGAAGGCUUAGACGAAGAUGAAAUCAAAGAAGCGGCGGAAAAAGCAGCGAGAGAGGCGACGUUAGAAAACGGCGAGAAGAUGAUUUCGCAAACGAAAGAGGACGGGAUUCAAAACACGGAGAAAUAUUACGCCGUGGCGCACAGCGAACAGGAAAUUAUUACCGAACAACCAAAGAUGUUGACGUUUGGUCAGUUGCGCGAUUACCAAAUUGUUUCUUUGCAAUGGAUGGUGAGUUUACACAACAAUCGCUUAAACGGUAUCUUAGCAGACGAGAUGGGAUUGGGUAAAACCGUCCAAGUUUGCUCUUUGAUUGCGUAUCUCUGGGAGUCUAAGCAAAACUUUGGACCUCACAUUAUCAUCGUGCCGAAUGCGGUAAUCGUGAACUGGAAAGCAGAGUUAAAGAGAUGGUUACCGCACGUAAAUUGCGUCUAUUACGUCGGCAGUCGCGAGCAACGCGCGAAAAUAUUUCAGAAGCAAGUGUUGCAGCUCAAAUUCAACGUUUUAGUGACGACGUACGAGUUCAUCAUGCGCGAUCGGUCCAAGCUGGCGAAAGUGAAUUGGAAGUACAUCAUAAUCGACGAGGCGCAGAGAUUGAAAGAUCGCGAAGGAAAAUUAAGUAGAGAUUUAGACAAGUUUAGAGCGCAAAGACGUUUGCUGUUGACUGGAACGCCGUUACAGAACGAUCUCAGCGAACUGUGGAGUUUAUUGAACCUGCUGUUGCCGGAAGUUUUUGAUUCGGCAAAAGUGUUUCAGCAGUGGUUCGGGAAAACAAAAGCGGGUGAUAAUCAAGGGCAAAAAGUCAUUGGUGGUGGUGGUGGUGGUGGCGCCGGUAACGCAAACGAGGACGAAGAAGAAGACGAUUGGAUGGAACGGGAAAAGAAAGUCAUCGUAAUCUCUCGACUGCACCAAAUUUUAGAACCGUUUAUGCUUCGAAGAUUAGUGCAAGACGUGGAGAGUAAACUUCCGCCGAGGAAGAGCGUUGUCGUUCAUUGCCCGUUUUCGGCCUUUCAAUCGAACGCGUAUUCUUGGAUCAACGCGACGGGGUCUAUUCGAGUUGAACCGUAUACUAGGCUCGGUUUAGCCGCGCAAAGAACCUUUCGUGGAUAUUUGCCCCUUCACAAUAGGUGCAUGGAGCUCCGCAAGAUUUGUAAUCAUCCGGGCUUAUCGUACCCGCCCGAGAAAGGAGGCGAUUUUCGAGGUGUUAACUUGAUACGAAGUUGCGGCAAGUUGUGGAUUUUGGACCGAUUACUCAUUAAACUUUCCAAGACUGGACACAAAGUUCUUCUGUUUUCCACGAUGACGAAAUUAUUAGAUCUCUUGGAAGUCUAUCUGAAGUGGCGACAAACUACAGAGGACGGCGAAAAUUUACAGUUUUGCCGCAUCGACGGCACGACACCGUUAGAACAAAGAGAAGUCGCCAUCAAUGAUUUCAACCGAAAAGGCUCGAACAAGUUCAUAUUUUUGCUUUCUAUUCGCGCAGCCGGAAGAGGUUUGAACUUACAAACUGCCGAUACAGUUGUGAUGUACGAUCCGGACCCAAACCCGAAGAAUGAAGAACAAGCCAUCGCGAGAUCUCACAGAAUCGGCCAAACGCGAGAAGUACGAGUGAUACACUUGGAAGCCGUAGAUGAUAAAGAAAUAGCCAGCGUCACGGGUGCUGCUGCGGCUACUCAAGGAAAUACAUCGACUGCUGGUUGGGGUGGUAACGACCGAUCAUAUUGUGAAUCCGUGGAAUCGGUCGUUCGCAACGUCAUUCAGCAACAGAAGAUUGAAAUGGCAGACGAAGUCAUCAAUGCCGGUCGUUUUGAUGGACAAACCACGCACUCAGAGAGACGCGAAACACUUGAAAAACUCAUGGCUGCGCAAGCUGCUGGAAAUAGGAAAGAAACGAACGUGCCAAGUGUACGCGAAUUGAACGAAAAGAUCUGUCGAUCAGAAGACGAGUUGAAAACUUGGAACGAACUCGACGAUACGUUGAAUUGGCCAUCUUCGCUCAUGGGCCCUGAGGAGUGCCCAGAUUGGAUUCGAUACACAAAGUACGAUUUAGACGACGCGAUAGAGAUGACGGCAAAAUCGAAGGCUGGUGAAAUCAUCGCACCCGUGGAUGCCUCGAAUCUUGGACGCGGUGGUCGCUCGAUGAACAAGUUGAUCGCUAAUUCUGCAAUCUCUCUUGACGGCAUGGACGUUGACGCAAACAACGAUAGACGAAAGGAUUUUGUCGAAAAAACGGGUUUGAAGUCGAGCAAUCUUACCGCCGAGCAAAUGUCGAGUAAAGUCAAAGGCGGCGACGAGGAAGACGCGUUUGCGAUACCUACGACCAAAGCCUUGUUACCAUUUCAAAAAGCGCAGUUAGCAAAAGUUCAAGCGGCUGAGAAAGAGAAAGAAAUAGAACAAGAGCGAGAGCGAGCUGGCGAAGCAGAGCCGAAGAUAGGGAAAGAAGAAGAUGAACCGCUCGUGAUGCUCGAUAAUUCAGACGAAGAGGAAGAUUACGGCAACAUCGAAGAAGACGAUGUGGCGUUGAACACGUCGUUCACGGAUGUCAAUUUAGAUAAUUUGACGAACGAAGAAGACGACGACGACGACGAUGACGACGACGAAGAUUCGAUCGAAGAAGCUCCGAUCAAUACUAAAAAUAGUGAUGGUGGUGGGAUGAGCUUCAAGAUCACCAUGCCACGCAAACCAGAAUAA